AUGCUAGGACCAAAGAUCUUGCUGACUUCGGCUAUUGCAGGCGCCGCCGUAUCGGCCGCAUAUGUGCCAGAAUCUGCAAGUGACUCUCACUUUCGAUACAACCUGCGCAGGCAAGCCGACAACGGGACCUCCUUCAAUGGCCCAUACAGCACGCGCGGGAGGGAUAUAAUUGAUGGCCGAGGCGAGAAGGUUACUUGGGCAGGUGUCAAUUGGCCCAUGAGUGGUGAAACAAUGAUCCCCGAGGGUCUGGAAUGGGCAUCUGCAGAAGAUAUCCUCGACGACAUUGCAGGCGUCGGGUUCAAUUAUAUUCGCAUGGGGUACGCCAUUGAGAUGAUUGAUCAAGUUUACGACAGGAAUGGAAUAGACGUACCUCUUGAGGUCGCCAUGAUUAACGCCCUUGGAUAUGUGAAUGGCACCAAAGUUACAAACGAAAUCAUCGAGAAGAAUCCCGGUUGGACCACUCAAACCACACGGUUCGAAAUCUGGUCGGACAUCGCCCGCAUUGCUGCUACCAAAGGUGUUUUCAUCACCCCAGACGUUCAUGUUGGCAAAUCUCAGUGGUGUUGUUCGCAUAUCGAUGGAAAUUCCUGGUUCGAUGACCUAAAUUUCAAUGCGUCAGAUUGGCGCCGUGGCCUCGCCUAUGUUGCAAACUGGGCGAAGGAUCACCCAAACAUCGUUAGCAUGUCUCUCCGCAAUGAACUCCGCGAGUCCUGGAACAUCACAGAUCUAUAUUACAACUGGCAGACGCUCGUCGGAAACAUGACCGCUGGCGCUGACGCGAUCCACGCAGCUAAUCCUGACAUGCUGAUCAUCUGGUCUGGUAUGCAAUACGGUCAAGACCUUUCUGCUUUGACGAGCGGGAAGAACAUCCUCACCGCCCCGUGUUACAAAUGCACUGCAAUUCGCGACGCUCAUCGACGCGAGCCGGAGUACUUCAGUCUCGAAGAUCACGCGUGGGCCGACAAAAUCGUCUGGGAGAUCCACCUGUACAGCAUGAGUGAGGAUCUUGACACUGGUACAUGCGAUAUCGUCAAAGCAAACUUCUACCGCAACGGGUUUAAUGCUCUGGGUAUAGAUGCACCGCCAGCAUGCAAUGUUACGAAUGAUUGUCCCAAGGCGGUACGCGAGACGCCUGUUAUCAUCAGCGAGUUUGGGAGUGCACAGGAUGAAACGCUGUUCAACAACACACUGCAGAACUGCUUGAGGGAAUACACUAUCGAUAAUGAUGUCAGCUGGAUGAUGUGGUCGAUCGCUGGCUCAUACAGAAUCAGGUCAGGUGUGCAAGGGUUCCCCGAUACUUGGGGUAUGACGAACUACGAUUGGACUGGAUGGAACUAUGAGAAGGGGAUUCAAGAGUUCUGGAAGCCAUGGGUACAGGCAAUGAAUGUUACCAAGAUCAAUUGA